UAUGCAAUGUUCAUAUAUGCUCCAGCUCCAACCCCCAUCAUACUUCAACUGGGGUAUUCGUGAGCAAACGAGGAUUACGGCAGACAAACGUAAGGGAUCACACACAAACAGAGUGAGAUAGAAGAAAGGAGGGAGAGGAAGAGGGAGAGGAAGAAAGUAAGGAGGCAGUGUCCAGUUUAUUCCAAGGUAAACUUUAUUAAAGGCGACUGUCUGUAAUAGAAGGACAUUUUAAGAAUAAUAUACACACGGAAUAGUAGGCUAAACUUUCUUGCAAUUCCAUUGCGGUUUUUAUUAAGUAGGCUAACAGCAAAACCAACUGGUGGGAGAGCAAGGUACCAAUCACGGCUAUAACCUCUCCCUAACCCUCUCCCCUGAGGCCUGAGCUCUGGGCAUCCAAGCCCACACCCCCAUUUCACUUCGCUGGUGGACAGACACAGGGAUGAGCAACAGUGGGACCAAGGAGCCGUCACCACAGCCAGGAGUGGCCCAAUCACCUGCCUCCACACCUCCACGCAGGGGCCGGGGACGCCCACGGAAACAACAGCAGGAGCCCACUGGCCCCCCAACCCCAAAGAGACCCAGAGGACGACCCAGAGGAAGCAAGAACAAGGGGCCUCGUGCCACACCCAAGAAAGUAGAGCCAGUCGGGGAGAGAAGACCUCGGGGCCGGCCAAGGAAAUGGCCCCAGAAAGUAGUUCAAGAGGUGAUCCAGGAACAGCAGAGUCCUUCAGAAGAAACUGAGGGCCCCUCACAGUCUCUGCCCGCUGAGGCUUCGCCAUCUCAGGCUCCAGCCCAGGAAGUGGCAGGGGGGGAGUAGACAAUGUGCCACAAAACUACCUCAAGGUUUGGGCAGAGACAAAGAGGUGUACAAUCUAACCUCCAUUGUCAUGAGGAUUCCAAAAACAACAGAUAAUAGCCCUGCUUUGUAGAACAGUAGGCCUGAUGGUGGUAUUGUGACUGGAGUCUGUCCAGCACUGAGGCUGGGUCAAUGAUGGACAUAGCUUUGGUCAGUUGAUUGAUUACUUAGGAUUCGGUCAGUGGGUGGGGCUGUUCACUGAUUGGUUGACGUGGGCGUGUGCAUGCGUGCGUGUGUGUAUGCGUUUGUGGUGUUAAUGGUGGGGAGGGUUUAAAAAUAAAAAAUAAAAGAUGCAGCUGCUGUCAUCAAAUGUGACUGACAUUUCAAAACACAUUACCGGGACAAGAUUCAUGACCCAUUUGACCCUAUUGUCACACAGGAGCUCGGCUCAAACGUAACUGUCUGUCCUGAUAGUGAAGAAACACAGGGAUAUUUAGUUAGAUAUACGUUGGAAUGGGAAUACAUGAACGUGAACAGAAUUAAGUCUGAACUCAACAGUGACAUGACUUGACAUCACACAUCAGGUUUUGUUUUUACUUUUUACUACAUUGCUCUAACCACACUCAAUAAAACCUUAGGGGGCCAUACUUGCAAACGUUAGAACAAGUUUUUGUUCAAGCUUAAGCAUCUGCCAAUUUAAAUUGUUGACAUAGUUGGAUGUGAUCAAAUGCUACACGUUGGCUGUUCCCGUUAAAUAACCUGGCACAUUUAGCCCUAUGCUAACCUCACCAGGUGGCAGUGAUUAUUUCCUGUAACAAAUCCUGCAUCUGCCUAUCAAAGAUCUUAAACUUUUUUUCCACAAACCAAUGGCAUUUCUUAAAAUAGGUGAACUUGCCCAGAGGGAUAUAUUUUAAACCUCCAAAUUCAAGGUUGACUUUUGUUCCACUUCACUUGGUCUCUAGUGUAGAGUGACGAUAUUGCAGGAUCAUCGCGUCCUUGACUAGGCUACUCACCAACGUUACACGUUAGUCAAAGCUUGUUAUCACACAUAUAACAACAUCAUAUCUUUUUGCUUGUCCGUUCCACAUACAUCCAUGUGCUUUUUACAGAGAAAAUGUAAAGGAGGUCUAUGCAACAUUUAAGUUGAUCGUACAUCGUCAAAAAAGUAUUUACAAAAUAUAGAACUUUGAGAAUACAUAGUGUCACAGUGUGAUGUGUUCUGCUAUAGGCAUCAUACUGAGACACUUUCUGUAUUUUAAAGUUCUACAUCUUGAAAACUCGAUUGCUGACAUCAACAGUGAAAGAAAUACCUAAAGGUAGUUUUGUGAGUUGAAUUUUCCUUUAAUAAUACAUAUAUAAUAUUGUACGUAUAAGUGCCGCCUACAUAAGAAAUGAAGUAGUGUUUUUGGUCUAACAGUAAUCUUAUACGAUGAUAUUAUAUUCGGUAUGUUAGGCCUAUGCAAAAUACAAAUGAAUCAUUAAGUGUCUUGCGAGACACCGAUUCAGCUUUGAUCCAAACUUUAUUAAACAAGCACCAUUCUGGGAGGUGGUGGAGCGCCGUUCCGGCACUGGCAGCACUACACCCCAUGCGUAGCAGUAGCCUACGUGUCGGUCUGAAAAAGGGACUCCAAAAAGGUCCUCAUUAAAGAUAUUUGUAAAUCUUAAUUUACAAGGUUCUGGCUGCACUACACACUAUCACAAUAAAUGUCAUUCUACAUAACUUUGAAUAGCAGAUCCUGCCAUUUGACUUCUGUUAAGGGCGCUUCCAUGGACAAGUGUUGGAUAAUGUCCAAAUACGUAUUUUGAUUAGCUGAUACAGAAUUUCAACCAGAUAUAAAUACACAUAUAUACAGCCACCUGGUGAGCUUAGCAUGUGUCAGGUUAUGUAAUGGGAACAGCUAACAUGUAGCCUUUGAUCACGUACAACUACAUCCUUCAACCUGUUCUAAUGUUCACAAGUAUGGCCCCCAGGUAUUUUUUUACUUAAUAUGGCUAUGCGCAUAGCUAUUCAGGUGUGAUUCAUGUGUUAUUCUACUCAGUUAUGAUAUUAUUCAAUUUUUAUUGUGUAUUUCUGAUCUGUUUUUGACAUUCACAAUAUUACUUGACACACAUAAACCUCAUUAAGACCAUAACUCACCUCAGUUCAUUUGCCUUUCAGUCUACCUCAGUCACAGAAAAGCAGAGGAGAACUCUUUAUAGCCUCUCCCCAUACCAACAAAAAAACAAAAAAAACACAAACACACACACACACACACACACACACACACACACACACACACACACACACACACACACACACACACACACACACACACACACACACACACACACACACACACACACACACACACACACACACACACACACCUACUCAGGACAAUCCCAUACACACUGUACCCACUAGCCUCACACUCUCACUUCCACUUCCAUGCUGACUGACUUUUUAAGCGGGUCCCAGCAGCAGCCUUUAGUGGUAAUGCUCUGAUGAAAUAUCUGAGAUAAGACUUGGGUCUAGAUUCUAUCAGAUCCGUGCUACAUUCACAUAGCGGUUGUUUUUGGAGGGGGAACUGCGUUGGAGCUGUCAAAUCCAUAAGCGGCUCCCUGAGUUACCUUAUCGCGUACACUGCAAUUAGAUGGAACGAAACCACACCCGGCUUUAUAUCCAACAGAUCUAUCAUGGAUCAUUUCUAUCAUGGAUAGAGCCUACACUUUCUAUCGCCUUUUUGGGCUAACGCAGGGAUAGGGAUAAUAAGGAAGGGAAGGAUUGGUGACACAUAUGAUUAGUUAGCUCCUACCGUAGUAAUACUGGACCUCUAACACUGCCAAAACAUCCCCUAUGCGGAUGUCGGCUAACGUGGGUUAACACUCGAUCUGAUUGAAUCAAGGCCUUGGUCUAUCUACCUGGGUUCAAAAUGACCCAAUAUUUUACUGUUUACUGUAGUUGGUUACUUACUCAUUACUUUAAAAAAAAAAUUGUUUUAUCACGACCUCUGCGAGCCCUUACAUUUUCCCUCUCUUCACUUUUUACGUAAGAUACCAUGCGAUCAUUAUUUAAUUUCAAGCUUUCACUUUCACACUACAGAUGUGUUGCAUUAACAAUCCUAACAUUAGUUGAAUUGAUGUCAGUGAAGUGACGUGAAAUAGUGAGUUAACACUUUGUUUUGAAUCUUACUGUAAUGUAUUUCUGGAGUGCGUGGACUUAUCCACGUGCAAUCUUUUUCUAGGGAAAGUUCAAGCGUUUAGUUUUCUGUCAAUUGCAAGUUAGUAUGCCUGUGAGUCUUUUCCAACCUAGACUUUUUCUCUUGAUACUUCACCUCUUUGGAUGGCAUCGCUGUGGACUACCUCUGAAACUAGUCUGCUUUGGCCCUCAGAGGGGUGACUGGCUGGUUUAUAGCUUUUGCUUGUCCCCUGCAAUCUUACCAUAGCUAUGGAACAACUAUAUCAGAGGUCCACUCAUCUCACGUUGUCCUUAUCAGCAUACUGUAUACAGAUGUAGGAUCUUAAUUUGAUCACAUUUUUGUUGCUGAGAUUUUUCCUUGCACUGCAGGAAAUGCAAACUUGUAGUAUAUGAGAUUGAAAAAGGCUUCUUAAGGUUGUGAAUUCCACUUUGAAAUUUCAGACUUGAUUUGUCUUAAUGAAAAAUGUAUCAAACCUUACAAAAAUGUAAUCCACAUAAUAAUUCACAUUUCUUGUUGCUGCAGGAUUAUGUUUCUGCUGUAGCAAACUGGAUCAAAUGAAGAUCCUACAUCUGUAGGUAAAUAAACCCAAAGUACUGUACGUCAGUAAGAGUGCCUCCUAACCUAACCAUAGUCAUACCUCAGCAAUGUCAGGAUAGCCACUAUCUAUAUUUUAAUCACAAUGUUGCUCUAAAUGAGCUGACUGAUAUUGAUAUAUUCAGUAUAAACAUUUUAGGAGUUUAUUUCAUGUACUUGCUGUUAUGCUUUAUUGUAUGAGGGUUUUUACAUAUUGAAUAGAGUAGUUAGGUUCUCUUAUCUUGUAACAUCUCCAGUUUGAAUCUUUUUUGUGUUUGCGAUCGAUGAAAAGGUCUCCCUUUUUAUUUGAGUCUUUCAUAUAUUGUUUUGAUUUAUUUUAGAUUUCAAUCCAUUUGAACUUGAAUACGCAACUCAAAUGGCUGUUUUCUAAUUUGACUCUGAUCUGUCUCGCUUCAUUGUGUGUCUCGCUUCAUUGUGUGUUUGCAUGAGUAUAGAGGUGCUACUUGGUCUUUCUGUUACCAAUAAAAAGGUUCACAUAUG